CUUUCGCUCGCUUCCUUCUCCUCCUCCCCCUCCCCCACCUCCGUCUCCGCCUCCUCCUUCCCUGAGCGCGGAAGCGGCGGCCGCCGACGACCGCCCAGCCCAAGCCGCUGCCGACGCGCCGCUUGGCAGGACAGGAUGGUGGUGGCCACGGAGGAAAUGGCGGUCUACUGCUUCGACACCCUCGUCGCCCACUACAGCGGCGACCAGCCGCCGCCGCCGGCCUUCGAGGAGGGCAUCCACCCAUUGUUUGUCACCUGGAAGAAGGUUACCAACGGUUCUGAACCACGCCUCCGUGGAUGCAUUGGAACCUUGGAGGCUCGUCAGAUUGUCACUGGCUUCAAGGAGUAUGCGCUCACAAGUGCAUUGAGGGACCGCCGCUUUCCUCCUAUACAAUCAAAAGAACUGCCGUAUUUGGAAUGCACAGUAUCUAUACUGACUGAAUAUGAGACUGCACUAAACCAUCUCGAUUGGGAGGUGGGCAAGCAUGGCUUAAUUAUUGAAUUCACUGAUCCGGACUAUAACAUGAGGCGCAGUGCAACUUAUUUACCUGAGGUUGCUGCUCAUGAAGGAUGGACACACCUAGAGACUAUUGACUCACUCAUGAGGAAGUCAGGUUACAAUGGUACCAUCACUGACUCUUUGAGGAAGAAAAUCCGUGUCACCCGCUACCAGAGUACGCUGUACACUAUGCACUAUGGUGAAUAUGCUGCAUACAUCAAGAAGAACAGAGGAGCUGCACCAGAAAUUAACGGGGCACCCAUAGUUAAUGGCUUCAAACCAGGCCAUUGACUCAUCUGUACUGCAGCAGCUAAAAUAACUAUUUAUAAUUUAUCUGGGAGCACUUGGGGUGAGAAUUUGUUUAGAAAGUUACACCCCUUGCAGCUCAUUGAUAUGCCAUCAUUUUCAUUCCAAAGAAAAGGGUAAGCUAUGCCAGCAGAUCCCCAAAAUUAUGUCUUCCUGGACAAACAAUGGUUAUGUAUCUUGCAAAACUAUGGGCAUCAGUGCCCCAAAAAUGGUGGCAUGAAUUGAUUCAAGUUGAGCAUCCCCUGACCUUGGUAAUCCAAAGUAAUCACAUAAAGCUCACGUCUUUCUUAAUACAUCAGAAUUAUGCA